GUCGACCACGACGAGCUGGAGGAUGGAACGCACACAGCAACCGGACAGCCUAUGGAGGCGCUCCAAGACCUCGUACGCCCCGCGAUAUCCUGUUUUCCAAGGCUUUCUCACCCACUUAUAGCUAGAACGGACACUUUUCGGCGCGACGAGCAGCGAACAGCAACGACCAGUGCGGCGACUCCGGCACUCCAGCCAGCGAUGCAAUGAGCACUCAGCACAUGAGUAGCGACUAGUCUGGGAGUGGCUUCACCCGGGGCUGAAGUCUUGGGCAAGAAACGGUUCGCUCAAGGUGCGUGUUUGCGCUACUUGCUUCUGCGCGCUUUGUGGAGCUGAAACACUUCUUUCGGCAGCCUCCCUGCGCUCUUUAUUUGCCCUGCCGAAGGCUACACCGCCUCUGUAGUCGCCACCGUCCCUAUUUAUCACCUCCUCAUUCCCACUCUUCGCCACGUAGGCAGCAAGUCCGCUUUGCUCUACAUGCGCAUAUGCAAGAUGGUGGAAGCUCGAAUCUCAUCCAACGACCGCGGGCUGGCCGGAGGGAAGAAGGGAGGGGAAGACUUGCAAGUGGGUCGUGCUACCGGUGUAUACGAGUUCCUCCCCGUCUUUAUCGACUUAGUCCUACUUGGAACGAGGCCUUCACCGACCAUGACAAUGCCCCCUCAAACUGUUUUCCGCUUCCUUCGACAACAACUCUCUUAAUCCUAGCUGUCGUCCCAGUUCUAUCGACUCAUUUCCGACCACCGUAUGGCCUUCUUGGUCUUAUUGCCUGUGAAACAUCAGCGCGAAGACCAUAUCUCCGUCCCACAAACUUCCCCUUUCGUCACCAUCUUCAUUCUCCAGUCGAAGCAUGCUUUGCUGUUUGCCACUCGCGACUGGUUUCACGAUUCAGUGCAUUCGAGACAUUUCACCCCAUGAUAUCGUUGGACGGGGCGAAUGGGGUGGGAAAAUGGAGGGAAGUACUGUCCCUGGGGACGGCUGUCUCCACGGGUUCGCUCCCGCCACUGGCUACAUUUGCGCUCGCCGAAAGAUAG